GGGCGAUGUGAUAGUCAUCAGCAUUAAACACCACUCGGUAGCCAUCGUCCUCCAACGCACUCACUGAAAUCAAAAUAAACGCCAUAUCAGGCACCAGUAGAGCACGGGAGAGUUUCACCGACUCCGCGGCGAGGGGACCACACCUGUCUAGGUGGGUAGUAUACGAUGUUCCUGUGUACUUUGGCGCCACGUCGUGGCGACACCGAACGGGAACGACCACUUCCCCCACCGCCGUCACGGCGAUGCUCCUGCCGUCCGCGACGGUCAGAGAGCGACCCACGAGUGUCUCGAGCCUGAGGAAGUAACGAGAAGAGGGAAAGACAUGCCAACUGCAGCCCGAAUCAACCAGUGCUCUGGAUUUCACAGAUAACACAGCAGACGUGAAGCAUGCAAUCUGUGUUGUGCACUGGACAACUGAGGGAACCCCCUCCUCAGCUGCGAGUCGAUGGGAAGUGGAGACCGGCAGAAGUCGAUCAGGCUUCACCCGAUCUCCAUCCCCUACACACGGCUCUCUCCCAGACAAGCAUGUCUGUGUGUCGUGUGUCGUCUCAGCGCGUCGAUCGUUCCCGACCGGUGGCAUCACCACAUCACGCGAGGAUUCUGAGACCUUGCAGCCAUCCAACCAUGUGUGCACCUCUCUGUGCUGCCUCUCUUCAAAAACAGGCACGUGUGUGUGCUCCUCCUCUCUCCCCUGUACCGGUGUGUGUGAGCGAUUGCGUCUGUGUCGGUUAGCAUUCCGCUGCUCGUCUCGUGGCGUCUCGCGCCGACGAUGUCGAUCAAGACGCAUACCACCACCAUGUCCCUUGUUGUACUUGUUGUUCUUGCCCUUGUUGUUGUCCUUGAUGACGCGCUCCUUCUCUUUACGCUCGACCUCAUCGAUGUGGCUCUUGAGCAGCUCUGCAGCGCGCUUCAUGCGGUGGCUGCUCGGAAAGAGGGUGAUGCCGUACAUCUUUUUGUCGUGCGUCAGCCGCUUGCAGUCCCAGUGGUAGUGGCCGUCGUUGAGGCAGUACUUGCAGUUGACGGAUUCACCAUCACUGGCCGCCCUUGCGCCCUCAUCAAUGUCCAUUGGCGUCGUGGCCGCACCGACGCCCAUGCUCGCGUCUUGCCCAGGCGAUGCCCCGAUCAUUGCUGCAGCUGUCUCGAGCUUGCGCACCCUCUCCAUGGCGUCGUCGAGGGUGACGUCGCUAUUGAUGAUCUUCUCGCUGAUCGGCAGCUUGUAGGCUGUCGGCACCACCUUGAUGUAGACGUGCUUGAGCGCUGUGGCCGUGAGCACCUCCUUCUGCGCAUUGACCUUGCCGGCCAGCCGCUUGAACUCGGCGUUGUUGUCCAGGGCCGACUUUCUGAAGUCCCAGAUGAACGCGUCGAAGUCAUGUUGCGCUGAGAACUCGGCGAAGAUGGGGUUGGACUCCAUCUUUGCCUUGAGCCUCUUGAAGGCCAGCACACCGUCGAACUCGUCGUAGGUGUCCUUGACGCCCUCCUCGUAUUGCUCGAGGACGUACUUGGCGGAGCUGUUCUUGCAGGCGAAGGCGAGCAGCAAUAGAUGCCCUCAGCUUCUCCUGCUGCUUGUGCAUCUGCUUGAGCUCCUCCUCCUUUGCUGCCUUGGUGUACUCGGCGGUGAUGGCCUUGUCCUCGAUCUCCUGCUCACGCGUCAGAAGCUCCUCGAGCUUCGUCUGCUGCACCGAGAUAGGCACGUGCUCAUCGAGCGCCGUGUCCCGCAGUAGGGCCGAUUCCUCGAACCCCAGCAUGGUGCGGAAGCACCGUACCCAAUCAGGGUAGUCCUUCUCAUCUCCGGAGAAGGUUGGUACAUCGCUGGUGCUGAGCUUGAUGUAGUCGCUCAUGGUGGUCGUAGAUCUCGUGGCGGAGCUUGGUCAGGAGGUGAGGGGAGUCGACGGGAGUCGAGCGGCGAGUGUGGGGGUCUGAGGGAAGACC